CAAGUUUAAAUUAGAGCAAGCCCAUACUAUUUACACCUCUCUUUCUCUUCUCUCUCUUUGAGAAAGUAGGUUUAGAGAGCUUCUUCUUGAGAGCAACAAUGGCUGUACUCAUGGUGGUCCUUGGUGUUUGUUUGGGACUGAUCUGUGUCUGUACAGCUCUGUUGAGAUGGAAUGAAGUCAAGUACCGGAAGAAGAAAGGCUUGCCUCCUGGUACUAUGGGUUGGCCUCUCUUUGGGGAGACCACUGAGUUCCUUAAACAAGGUCCUAAUUUCAUGAAAAACCAAAGAGCAAGGUAUGGAAUUUUUUUCAAAUCCCACAUAUUGGGUUGCCCUACAAUUGUUUCAAUGGAUCCAGAAUUAAACAGAUACAUACUCAUGAAUGAGGCAAAAGGUCUUGUUCCAGGGUAUCCACAGUCCAUGCUUGACAUCUUAGGCAAAUGCAACAUUGCAGCUGUCCAUGGCUCCACUCACAAGUACAUGAGAGGGGCACUGCUUGCUCUGGUUAGCCCUUCCAUGAUCAGAGACCAUCUCUUGCCGAAAAUCGAUCUGUUCAUGAGAUCCCACCUCAGCGAUUGGAAUCAAAAAGUCAUUGACAUUCAAGAAAAAACCAAAGAGAUGGCACUUCUCUCUUCGCUCAACCAAAUUGCCGGUAUUCAAUCUGUCUCAAUGUCUCAAGAAUUCAUGCCUGAAUUCUUUAAGCUAGUGUUAGGAACCCUCUCGCUUCCGAUCAACCUUCCUGGCACAAACUACCACCGGGGUUUUCAGGCAAGGAAGAAUAUCAUCAGCAUGCUGGGAAGACUAUUGAAUGAGAGAAGAGAUUCCAAAGAAACCCAACAUGACAUGCUUGAUGUCCUGAUGAAUGGUGAUGAAAACAGAUAUAAACUAAGUGAUGAAGAGAUCAUUGAUCAAAUGAUCACAAUUUUGUAUUCUGGGUACGAGACUGUUUCGACUACUUCAAUGAUGGCUGUCAAGUACCUUCAUGACCACCCUGAUGUUCUUCAAGAACUAAGAAAAGAACACUUGGCAAUCAGAGAAAAGAAAAGACCAGAGGAUCCAAUUGACUGGGAAGAUUACAAGUCGAUGCGAUUUACGCGGGCUGUGAUCUUUGAGACAUCAAGAUUAGCUACAAUUGUUAAUGGGGUUUUAAGGAAGACAACUCGAGACAUGGAAAUGAAUGGAUUUAUUAUUCCCAAAGGAUGGAGAAUCUAUGUUUAUACAAGAGAGAUUAAUUACGACCCGUGUUUAUAUCCUAACCCAUUAACCUUCAACCCGUGGAGAUGGAUGGAUAAAAGCACAGAGUCUCAGAACUACUUGUUCAUAUUUGGAGGAGGGACUAGGCAGUGUCCAGGAAAGGAAUUGGGAAUAGCAGAAAUUUGUACAUUCCUUCAUUAUUUUGUUACUAGUUACAGAUGGGAAGAAGUUGGGGGAGAUAAGCUAAUGAAAUUUCCAAGAGUGGAAGCACCAAAUGGGUUGCAUAUUAGAGUUUCAAGUUACUAGACUGACUGACCUUUUGUUAUGUACAUAAAGAGAUAUAGGAUAUCAAAGAGGAACAUGCAGAGAUGCACAAUAAUAAUGUUCUAACCAGAUUAGAGAUUCAGAGUAAAAUCGGGAUUUUGGCAAUU